AUGUCGACUAUGACUGACGAGACCACAAUUGAAAAACUAUCAUCAAUGUUAAUCGAUACAUCAUUACCACUUAAACUUCGAUUUCGUAUUUUGUUUACUUUAAAAAAUCUUGAUAGCCAAGGUCAACAGAAGGAAACAGAAAAAGUAUCAAACAUUGUUGAAGCAAUCGCUCGAGCAUUCAAGGAUACUUCUGCGCUGUUGAAACAUGAAUGUGCCUAUUGUCUCGGCCAAAUGGGAAAUAAGUGUGCAGUCGAUAAGCUGAUUCAAAUAUUAAACGAUUCGAAUGAAGAUCCUAUGGUACGACACGAAGCAGGAGAAGCAUUAGGUGCUUUAGGAUGCUAUGAAAAUCAAGAUGUAAUUGAUACAUUAACUAAACAAAGUCAAAAUGAACGAGCCGAAAUAUCUGAAACAUGUCAAAUUGCACUUGAUCGUUUGGCAUGGUUAAGAAAAACUGCAUCGAAUGAAUCAUCCUCGAAUUCAACAGAGAAAACUUUUGCAACUGUUGAUCCAGCUCCAGCAUUAACUGUAACAACAAUUGAUGAACUUAAAAAAAUUUUACUUGAUGAAAAUCAGUCACUAUUUGAACGUUAUCGUGCAUUAUUUGCUUUACGCAACAUUGCAAGUGAUGAAGCUGUACUGGCCAUAUGCGAAGGCUUCCAAGCAUCGAGUGCUUUAUUUCGUCAUGAGAUUGCUUUUGUUCUUGGACAACUUCAAUCAGUAAGUUCUGUUCCAGCACUUCGUCAACAAUUAUCAAUACUUAGUGAAAAUUAUAUGGUACGGCAUGAAUGUGCUGAAACAUUGGGUUCAAUUGGUACAGCUGAAUGCCGACAUAUUCUCGAAACAUAUUUGCAUGAUAACGAACGUGUUGUACGAGAAAGUUGUGAAGUAGCAUUGGACAUAAGUGAUUAUGUUAAUAGUGCUGAUUUUCAGUAUUGUAAUGGAUUAAAUCUUGUUGAAUCAGAAUGUUGUUAA